UUUACAGUGUGUGCCCCUAAAUUUUCUGGUUGCGCCUCUAAAAUUUUCAGUUGGGGGCCACUGUGCUCCUAGUGAAAAAAGUUAGUCUGGAGCCCUGACUCAUUAUUUAAUCUCCAAGUACUGUUUGUUUUUUGUUCUGUACUAGGAUCUAUUUCAGUGUACUCUGAAUGUAACUUGAUAGUCUAGCUAAAGGUCACUGUUCCGCCCAGUCCCCAAAAGGUCGGUCGGCUCCCACACUGAAUAGGAAUUUGAUUCAUGCCUGAGUAGUGUCAUAUGUUCACUUGAACCGAGUUCGUGUUUUGAAAUGAAUCCUUUGCAUUCGUGCAGCUGCCUUUAAGAAAUAAAUAGAAAUGUUGAUGGUAGUUAGCUUGUUUUGUAAUUAGUUGUUUUAUAAGCACAGUAUACUGUAAAUGUACAAUACUCUACUGUAAUCCAAUACAUCAGAGAGUAACUGAGUCUAUCUUAGUCUCUGAGGUCUCUUGCAGGUCGGCUCUUGCAAGGUGAUCCCACAUGAUCUGCAUGGGGAACUGCAAUGUUAUGUAGUAUUGACUGAACAUUCAAGAACAGGUUAUACAUGCGAGAAACUGGACUACAGUUUUAUGGUGGUUAAAAACUUUUGAUUUAGAUUUUGGAUUUCAUGUAUAUUUGAUCGCUGAUUCAUCAAGUCAUUUGCAAGCCAAAGGUUUAUUUUAGAAAAAGUACACAUGCAGGUCAUUGUGCGAGAUAAGCAAAUAUGAACCUUUUAGCUGACUCCAACAUUUUUUUCUUAUUUUAUUCUGGUGACAUGAGUUUAUUCAAUUAGAUUCCAGACUGAGACACACUGUCCUCUUCCAUCUAUAGAUUAAGUUAGGGCCGAUCUGUUCUCUUCACCCACGUGCAUGUUCGUGCGCGCACUUGAAUGCACCGCAGUCCCGCAGACAUACAUCCGUCCCUCUAGUGAUUUUCAAAUGAGUCAUUGUUCAGAUGAAUAGUAGGGGAAGGACAAACACACUGGUUUAUUCAGGAACGCCUUUGUGUAGCAACACUCACACAGAGACACAGUCAUAUCCACAGUCCCCAGAAUCAUCGUACAACUCUGAAUACAGGAAUAGAGCUGAAUGGGUGGAUGCAGGCAUUUUUCUCUUUGUCACUGUCACCGUGUCAGAUGGGCAGCAGCAACAGCAGCAGUAGCAGGCUCCUCAGUACUGCAGCUCAGUCAAUGGUAGACCCUCACGUGGAUGCCGACGAAUACGAGCAGGCCGACCCAGACGCACUUUUGCGUGAAUGCGAUGAGGUUUUGAGAAAUCGCCCUCCUCGACUGCACCGAGACUUUGUUAGGAUCAGAGCCAGCUCGUUGCAGAAUGAACCCGUUCGCAUCAUGCAGUGGAACAUUUUGGCUCAAGCUCUUGGCGAGGGUACAGACGGUUUUGUGCGCUGUCCGAUGGAAGCACUAAAUUGGUCCGAGAGGAAAUAUCUUAUAUUGGAAGAGAUCCUCACUUAUAGACCAGAUGUGCUGUGCCUGCAAGAGGUUGACCACUACUUUGACACUUUCCAGCCUUUAUUAUCCAGCUUGGGCUAUCAGAGCAGCUUCUGCCCCAAACCAAGCUCUCCCUGUCUGGACGUCCACAACAACAACGGUCCAGAUGGAUGUGCUCUGUUUUACAACCGCCAACGUUUCCAGCUGCUCCACACCACCCACCUCAGACUCUCCGCCAUGAUGCUUAAAACCAACCAGGUAGCCAUUGCGGCUACGCUUCGCUGCAGGCUCACGGGCCAAGUCUUCUGCGUGGCCGUAACGCAUCUAAAGGCACGCAGCGGAUGGGAGGCUUUCCGGAGCGCACAAGGCACUCAUCUCCUCCAACAGCUCCGUAACAUCACCGCUCAGACAUACCCACAGCCGGAACAGGAGGAAGGAAUACCAUUGGUCGUAUGCGGAGAUUUUAACGCCGAUCCUAGCGAAGAAGUGUAUAGGCGAUUUAUGACGUCCCCACUGGGAUUGGAAAGUGCUUAUAAGUGCCUGAGUGAGGACGGGACCACAGAACCACCAUACACCAGUUGGAAGAUCCGGCCUAGUGGAGAGAGCUGCUCCACGCUGGAUUACAUCUGGUAUUCCGAAAGAGCAUUUCGUGUGGAUGCUGUGCUGAAGAUACCCAGUGAAGAGCAGAUUGGGCCAAACCGGCUUCCUUCUUACCAUUACCCCUCUGAUCAUCUGUCACUGGUGUGUGACCUCAGCUUCAAUCAGCAACCUCAUAGACUCAUGUAGCCGUCAAUCUUUAGUGUCAUUCAGUAGUGUUCAAGUGCAGCUUAAGACAUUCCUAGUGCAUGUGUGGAUGUACGUCUGAAUGGGAGCAUGUUUUACAUUUGUAUUAGAAUGUAACUUAUUUAAUUCACAUUAAUCUUAUUUUAACCUGCUUUAGUAGGUCUUAAUGCAUCUCUGAUGUAAUGAUGUAAAGGCUUUUAUUUAAUUUUCCUUGAUGGAAAUGAAUUAUGCUCUUAUUAUUUGUUUUAAGGCGGUUGUGCAAUAAUCUGUAAUUUAUUAAGUGAACUAAAAGAUAUCAUGAUCUCAGGAAGACUCACAUGUGGAAAACGUUUAUAUUUAUAUUGACUGUACAUUUCUUUCCUUAAAAAUACUGUAAUCAUGUUUGCCAAUGACAUGUAAUAUAAAGUGUCAUGCUAUUUCAAA